AUGGUUCGUCUGCACGUGAAAAAAGGGGACGAGAGCCAAUUUCUUUACGAUACCUUCGUUGAUGCGAAAAUCGACGAUGUCAUCAGUGAUGUAGCCAUUAUUUACAAUGGAAGGCUGAAAGUAACCAGGAUUUGUUACGAAAUGGAAGAGCUCGCGAAACAUGGCACAAUGUUACCACCUGAUAUGAUGGGAUUGACAGAUGAACAAAUUGUAGAACUGAAACUCAAAGAUGAAUGGGGAGAAAAAUGCGUUCCCAUGGGCGGAUGGACAUUCAACAAAGAUGAAAUCGGACGACGGAACGGUCGACAACCUAAUCAAAAAUUGCAAGAAGUUCUGAAAAAGGCAGUGGAGGACGCACGUGCCAUGAUUUCUAAGAAAUUAGUGCCUCAGUACAAGCUUGUGACCCUAGCCACCGUCCAAGACGCCCUGGAUAUUCUCCGCGGAGCAACAAUGAUUGUCUAUCCAAUGGGAUUGCCACCCCACGAAGUCAUUCGCCAGGAGUUUGAGAACACUGAGGACUUGACAGGAAUGCAAGCAUCUUUGGAGAUCAUAGACGUUCAACUGGCAGAGCUCUGGUUCUCCGGCAAGCAGAUGCUACCCGGUAAAAAAAUCAAGGAUUUUCUGGGCUCAAACGAGAAGACGAAAAUUAUUGUGAAGCUUCAAAAGAGGGGAUCUGGUCGUCCAGGUCGCGAGCCGUUGAUGUCCGAGGAGGAUCGAAAACAGCUAAUGCUUCAGGCUUAUCGACGCGAGCAGGAGCUGAAGAGUCCAUAG